AAUAGGGGAAAUGGAUUUAAAACAUUUGAUUCCUCUAUCUAGCUUUCAGUGAUUAUUAAAUCAACCUUCCUUUUUUUUUCAAAACUUGAGAGAAUUUUCAAAGUCUUCCUUCAUCUUCUUGUUCUUGAACAAUUUCAUAAGAACGUACUCAAAAAAAAAAAAAAAAAAAAAAGAAAUUCAUAAAAACAGAAAGUCAAACUUAUUCCAAAAAUGAUGACCACCGUGUCAGCUGUGUGUACGGUGGGGGAAAAACUGAACAAUUUGGUUGUGGGGGAAGGAGUUUUUCACGACGAAGUUGUGCAGCUCCGGUCAGAUCUGGACUACCUAAUUGAAAACUGUUUGGUAUCCAAUCAAUCAGACAAUAGUAUCAGCGGAGACGUACUGCAACAAGUCAGACAACUCGCCUACGAGAUCGAGGACGCCGUCGAGUCUUACUCCGCCGCCGGAGCGGCGGCGGAAUCGAGAGGUGCAUUUCGGUGCCGCCUCUGGAAGCGCUCCCGGGAAGAUCUCUCCGUCUUGAAGAUGAGGAUCGACGAGGUCAAAAAUAUCCUCACGAUUAGAUCCAGCGGCGGCGGCGGCGGCGGCGGCGGCACUCACAAUCAACGGCGAGUUCCAGAUUAUCGUGCCUCUUUGAUCGUCCCGAUGAUGGAUGAAGUAUCAGCCGUGACCGUGAAGUAUAUUUUGUUUGAGGGACGGCCGAACCAGCUGUCAGUCACUGCGUUAGUGGGGAUGCCUGGAUUGGGGAAGACCACUCUCGCGAGAUUGUGCUACAAUGACCCGACGGUGACGAAGAAAUUCGAUAUCCGCGUGUGGGCUACCGUGGGAGUAGAAUUCCAGGCUAGGGGCAUUUUGGAGACAAUACUUUUUCGCCUUGCUGCUUCGGAUCUGAGUAGAGACGAGAUCUCCGGAAUGGAGACAAUGGAGUUGAUAAAUCAGCUUCACAAAGCACAAAAGGAGAAGAUAUACUUGAUUGUUCUGGAUGAUAUACGGUCCGUAGAUGACUGGAACACCCUACGGUUUGCCUUUAGGGAUGACCGUAACGGAAGCAGAAUACUCCUCACAACCAGGGAAAGAGAGUUCGUUAAAAUUACCAGAUCCAUCGAUAUUCCUGUGCGGUUCAUGACCCACGAUGAAACUUACCACUUUUUCAAACUCAAAUCUGGUGGACUGCUUGAUGAUGAUCCAGUGAAGCACGACAAAAACUAUCGAACGAAAAAUUUUCAGGCCGGGAUGGAAGAAUCAGAGGAAAAUAAUAGAGUCAGAUGGAACAAUACUGAAGUAGAUAAAUGUUUUCUCGAAGCGUGUAUCCAAGAAGUUGCACUAAAUGGCAGGGAAGGAGGAAGCCUUAAGGCUGAAUCUUGGACCAAGAUUAUGGAUACUCUCAAGAAAAAUUAUAAUUUUGUGGUUUCUCAAAGACAAAUGAAGAAUAGAUACGACUACUUAAAACAAAAGUAUCAAGCUUGGUUACCGUUAACUAUGAAAACAGGCAAUAUUUACAAUCAUGCGACCAAUACCAUCAACAUGACAAAGGAUGAGUGGACAGAGUAUAUAAAGGCUCAUCCUAAGGCAAGGAGUUUAAGACUUGCCCCCUUACCGUAUCCUGACCUUUGUAGAGCACUAUUUGAUGGAACCACUGCUACAGGGAUUCAUUCUUGGGGACCUAGUUCCCAAGAUCCAAAUCCUGGUACUAGCUCAUUUUCUUCAACUGUUCGAAAUGCAGAACAACAUGACAUAGAAGAUAUUUUGUUUGGUGAUGAAGAUGAAAAUUUUGUCCCUACCACAGACACUCAGAGUAAUGAUUCCAACCAUCAGUCACGAGGAGAAAAACCUAAAAAGAAAAAGAAAAAGAUCCAACCUUCAUCUAGUGAUAAUAAUUUAGUAGAAGAGAUGUCAGCUGCUUUGAAGUUUAUGAUAAAAAAUAAUAGUGGACCGUCAGUUACAGAUUGCAUUGCUAAAUUGGAUGAACUAGGAUGGGAUAAAGAAGACAUCUUUUAUGUCUCUGCUGUUGUGAUAUUUGGUAGUUGUGCGGGACAUAGAGAAGCUUGGAUGGUGUUUCCUAAGGAUAAUGUGGGUGUUCUGAAAGCAUGGAUUAAAAGAAUUGGAGAAAACAUGGGAUUUGAAUUUUAACUUGCAAGGACUUAUGUAGAUUAAUUUGAAGACUUCAGUAGUAUUUAUUUUUAAUGAAUUUGUUUUAAUUUCCGUACAAUAGUUAUGAACUUUGCAUUUUUUUGAUAUUUAAUAAUGAUAGACUUUGUUUUAUAUUUGUCUUGUGAGUUGAAUUCUCUUUAUGAUUUAAUUAUGUGUUUAAGAAAUAUUGAUUCUCAAAUAUUUAAUGUAUUAUUCAUUUAUGUUAACAGGUUAAAUAUGGAAAUUUAUGAGAUUAUGAUAUUGAUGAUGAUCUAUUGGUACACACAAAUUCGACCGAGACAUUUAAUGCGUGUACCAAGAAAUAUAGAUAACAACUCAGCAUUGUCCGGUCAUGCUUACACGUUAGAGCUAUUGUCUGGGUCAGACACACAAUGUAUGGAUUUAAUGCGCAUGUCUCGUAUUGCGUAUAUUCGCUUGAGUAUGCAUUUUAGACAAAGAGGGUGGCUACAUGAUAGUAAACAUAUAUCUGUAGAAGAAAAAAUGGCAAUGUUCUUGCAGAUUAUUGGGCAUAGUAAGCGUCUUCGUGUGGUGAAGCGUAGAUUUCAACACUCUUCACAAACAGUUCAUGCGUGUUUUCACGAAGUGUUACGUGCAAUGAUGAAUAUGGCAAGGGAGGUAAUAGUACCCACAACAUUUGACCCAAAUCCAAACAUUUCAGCAAGUUUUAGGAGAUUAAACCGCAUUU